GAGCGGUGGCACCCAAAGGGGACGGCAGCCAUGUCCUUGUCCUUGUGCCCAUGGGUAGCCCUGCUGGCCCUGGUGGUCCUGGUCCAGGGGGGGCUCGGAAUUGCCUUCACCAAGGUGAUCUCUGUGGAAAAUGGGGGGCCCUGGGGGGACUGGGGUGAUGGCGAGUUCUGUCCCGAAAACACCUACGCUACCGGCUUCCAGCUGAAGGUUGAGCCCCACAAGGGUUUCUUCGGGGAUGACACGGCUCUCAACGGGGUCCGGCUGCUCUGCAGCACGGGGAUGGCCACGGCCAACGAGGGGCCCUGGGGCUCCUGGUCGUACCCCCUGAGCUGUGGCCGCAGCCAGCGCCUGGUCUCCUUCCGCCUGCGGGUGGAGGCACCUCAGGGCCUUUGGGACGACACGGCCGCCAACAACCUGGACAUCACCUGCUCGGAUGGGACGGUGCUGGAGGGCCAGGGGGGUCCCGCGGGGGUCUGGGGGAACUGGAGCGUCUCCUGUCCCUUCGGCUGGGGGAUCUGCGGGCUGCAAACUCGUGUGGAGCCCCCCCAGCGCGGGGGGGACGACACCAGCCUCAACGACGUCAAAUUCUUCUGCUGCGCUUGAGACACCCCCCCCCCCAUGUCCCCACCUGGGUGUCGCCCUGAUGGCCCCCCCAUGACCCCCAAUGUCCCCCUCACAUCCUCCAUUGACCCCCA